CGUCGGGGCCAAUCAGGAAGGUGAAGAGCUGGCAGUCACCUCCGUCACUUCCCCCAGGAGAAAAACAGCUUCACUGUAAAGUAUAAACAGCGAACAAUAUCUACUCAAUGUUCCUACAAAAGAGGUGGCUGUUCGCGUUUUCCUCUUCUAGUAAUGCGAAAGAGGAAUAAUUCCCUGAUAGUAGAACAUGACACGACCGUCACGACCCUGCAAAAGGACUCGGUACAAUCUACACCAAGCUUGAAGCAUAGCCACAAAGCAGCAAAUAGUAAAGGAAGAGAUAACGACCUCGACAUAGACGCAAAGACGGGAAUGCGAACUGGUCAUAGGAGGCAUUCUUGGUUGUACAGAAUCAAGAAGCUAGCAGUGUGGUUGUUAGCUGUGUACAUAUGCAUUCCUUUCAUAGUAAAACUAUGUCCAGCUAUUCAAGCCAAGCUGGUCUUCUUAAAUUUUGUGCGACUACCAUAUUUCAUUGACUUGAAGAAGCCACAGGACCAAGGGUUGAACCACACAUGGAAUUUUUAUCUUGAACCUGAAGAGACAAUUACUAUUGGUGCUUGGCACACAGUACCUGCCAGUCUAUGGAAGGAAGCUCAGGGAAAGGACCAAAUGUGGUAUGAAGGAACCUUGGCAUUAGGCCAUCCUAUCAUUCUUUACUUCCAUGGUAAUGCAGGCACCAGAGGUGGGGAUCACAGGGUUCAGCUAUAUAAGGUCCUGAGCUCUCAAGGCUACCAUGUAGUUGCAUUCGAUUAUAGGGGAUGGGGAGACUCUGAAGGGACCCCCUCAGAGAGGGGAAUGACCGUAGAUGCUGUCUACACUUACAACUGGUUGAAAGCAAGGAGUGGUAAGAGUUCAGUCUACAUCUGGGGCCAUUCACUAGGCACUGGAGUUGCUACAAAUGUUGCACGUCAUCUGUGUGUGAAAGACACCCCUCCAGAUGCCCUAAUUCUAGAAUCUCCUUUCACUAACAUUCGGGAGGAAGCCAAAAGCCAUCCUUUUUCACUGAUCUAUAGAUACCUACCUGGCUUUGACUGGUUCUUCCUAGAUCCAAUCACUGAGAGUGGCAUUAUAUUCCCAAGUGAUGAGAAUGUGCAGCAUAUCACCUGUCCAUUGCUGAUUCUUCAUGCUGAAGAUGAUGCUGUCAUCCCCUUUCACCUGGGAAGAAAGCUUUAUGACAUUGCAUCUUCUAAGGGCAAUAGGAAAGUGCAGUUUGUUCCCUUCCACAAAGACCUUGGUUACAGGCACAAGUAUAUAUACAAGAGCCCACAGCUUCCUCACAUAUUAAGGAAGUUCUUAAGUGACCCAAAUACGCGUCAGUAGUGAAGUGGACCACAGAGAUUAGUUGCAACUUUGGAGCGCCUGAAGACUUCAAUUUGUGUCACUCAAAACUUGCAUGACUUCUAUUGAUUUGCAUUCCACAAAACUCAUUCAUCUGAACAUGAAACAAAAAUGAUGCUGUUUGGGUUCUUUUUUUCCGCAGAUGAGGGAGCUCAGUGGACAGCACAGCCAAAGGAUGAAAUGAAAGAAUUAUUACUUGAGAAUUUGAUUCUUGUUAUAAAAAAAUGAAGGCAUACAAUUUUUCAUGACCACAAUGAUGAAUUUCCUAGAAUGAAAUAUAGUUAAUUUUUAAAGUGCAAAAAUAAAUGAUGGAUAAUCAGAGUAAUUUCAAAAUAUGAUUCUGAAUCAGCGCACGCCAUUUCUUGUUUCUGGAUCAUGGGUAAUUAUUCCAAAAGUAGUACUUUUGCUUUUUGAGAGUUCCAACCUGUUCAUUUUUUUUUAAACCCAAUAGUGUUGCAUGUACAAAGGACAUGCCUUUUCAGUUUUAUUCUGCUGGUAGAAGAUUUUAAGAUGAAAUGCUGCUCAUAAAAUAUAAUAACUUCCCUACACUUGGUGCAAGGAUUUUUGAAGGUUCAUACCUUUAGCUCAGAUGAGUCUGUUGCAGUAUACUAAUAUCAAAGUAUUCAAGUAGACUAUGCCCACUGUAUCCAAUGACAUUGUCGAGAAUAUUAGACGAGUAGGUUAUUUUACUUCCUGUUCUAUGCCAGAGUCUGCCUGUUGGUAUUUUGCCCUUCAAUUAAAAUGGGGGUUGGUGGGGAUGGUAAAUGUAUAUAUUCAUUGAAGGUUGUUUAUUUGCUAGACUCCGUAGUCUUAUGCGAAGUAACUGAACGUUCUCCUCCCAGUUUUUAGUGAGUCUGAGCCCUACAACACAAAAGUGACAACUUUGCUGAAGGCAGCAUAACGAUGUCUGGUGUGAGGAUUGGAAAACAGACAUCCCUUGGUAGUCUGUUUUGAUUGGAGUACCUUGUGUUAUACAGCUGACUGUGCUGUACUUGACCUAGAGGACCUUGAUACUGACAUUGGUAAUAGCAUUGAUCAAACUCCAAUUUCCCAUCAUUUUGAUGAGUGCAAAAUUCCACCCAGGUUUUCUUAAUUUCCAAGGUAACUACUCAAAAUUGAAUCAAAUGGUGAUCUAUCUUUGUGUCAGUUCUACCACUAAGGACUUGUCUUAAUGAAUUCAGGCAACUUAAGAAGUUUGUGCAAAUUUCCUUUGUGACACAUGCUUUGUAAACAAAUAUUGGGUUUUGGUGUGGUCACCAAAGGAAUUGCAACUAACAACUGCUUAUUACUUAUGAUCUGUUGUCACAGUGUCACUUAUGCACUGCUAGUACACUGGGCAACUGUACAACUGGAACAAUACUUGUGUGGAAUAUAUAUUAAAUUAUUGGUUGACUUCUGAGAUAUGAUUAUAACAUACUCCUUUUGUUGAAAUAACAUCAGUUGCUGUAAAAUGUGUACUAAACAAAACAUACACCAAUGUAAAUAAUAUAGCAUUUAUUAAAAGCAAAAUUCUUAUCAACAUAUUGCAUUGUUCCAGUGAAGAUUAGAAAUGGCUGCCUAGUUGCAGUCAGUAACAGAAAGCAGCCUUCUUGAAUAGGUACGUAGUACAGAUUAUUUAUUAAAAUAUUUAUGAAAUUCUGAACCACAUUUUGAAUGCAUCCCGAGCUCAGAAGAAAAUUAAACCUCACAAAUGCUAAUAAGCUGAACCACAAACGGAAAUUUUGGGGAAAAUGCAGCAAAUGUGUAAUCUUAAAGGAAAAGAUGACAAGUUAUGUUUAAGGAGGCUUUUGUUUCUGGUGAAACAAGAAUUGAUUUUUGCUUUUUGGGUUUGUCCAUUUCUUAAAUUGUUUGUGAAAAUGACAUCCAUCUGUAAAGAGGUAUUCUUCCUCUUUGGGGCCAAGAUAAGAUGCCUCCGUUAGCAGGGCCAAACAUCUUGGUUCAUGAAGCGCCUUCAACUAGGAUAAAAUUACGUAGACUUUUACAGCACAGGUCCAAUGGAUCUGUACUAGUUUUACACUCCAAAUGAGCCUCAUUCCUCCUUACUUCACCUCACCUUAUCAACAUAUCCUAUUCCUUCCCCUCAUGAACGUAAAUGGCUUCUGUUUGAUUGUCUUAAGCCACCAAUCAAAAGUGUAUAAGCCAGAAAACAGAAUCUUGUGAAAGAAUUCUCUCCGACUUAUUCAUGUUUUGUUUUUGUUGAUUCCAGCAGCAACAACUCUAGAAAAUCAGGCUUUGAGUCAUAGUUUUACUGACCUGUCAUGAUAAAUGAUCAUUUAUUUUUAAGUAAGUACUACUAAUUAGAGUUGCUUCAGAUUAUUUCAUGGUUUAACUUGCAGUAAGGAUUUGAAUUGCAUUGAAUAGUACAUGUGUGCGCCCACAGACUUUUGACAUCUGCACUGAUAUUCACUGGAGUUCCACAUGUAUGAAUUAAAAUCUAAAUGUUCAAUUUUAAACUCCCCAAUCUUGUUUUACAAAAGGGAGUAUCUCUGUAACUGUUCUGCACUAGUUCAGAUGAUUGAUCACAAAUUAAACAUUUGAGUUUCAUUCAUGAUGUAGUGUACUAAAUUCCCACAUUCUGUUAAUCAUUCUCCGAUAUCUGGUCUGUGUUUAGGGGAAACAGAUUUAUUAAGUUAGGCAAUUGACUGUGCCAUUGGUUGAAGUAUAACAAUUAAGCAACCCAUCCAUUUACCUGAAUAUAGUAUAUUAAUAUUGUUUACUGUGGCUAUUUAGCUUUUUUAAAUGAAGCACAUUCCACCUUCGCAUAUCUGUUAAGAGAUUUUAACAUUCUUUUGAACAGCAGAGAUUUGAUAAUUGCCAGUUAUUCAUUCAGGAAUUGGAAUGCUCUGAUCAGCUCUAAAGAAAAAAUGCACAAUCAUAGCUGCUCAGGUUUUAAAGAUGAGUAACUGGAAAUGUUGAUCUGUUAGAAAUUUUUCUUCCAAAUAUUUCAAAUCUUUUUCUUGUGUGUAUUUGAAUGGCCUGCAGGGAGAAUUUUCUUGUGUGCAGACAGGAACUAGACCACUUGUUGAACAGCUUUUAUUCUUCAUGUUUCACAUGGCAUAGAAUAUGGAACUAUUCCAAUACUUUAUCUGCUUAUGCUGCUUAACAUAAAGUGGAGUGAUUGGAGAGUUCUUUUAUUAUGAAAUACAAGCGUCUUAAAACAUCUGUACACAUCGAUCCUAAAAAAAAGUAAAACUCAAUUUGUUACAUAUUUGGCAGAAGAAAAAAUAAUUUUGAGGUGUGAUGAACAUUCUUUUCAGCGAUGUGUUCAGUAACACCAUUGCUAAAUGCUUUUGGUGGUGUGUUGCAAAUUUGGCUGUUUACAUCACCUGUGUUUUUACUUAAAAAGUACAGACCAGUCUCUUCCCAUUUGCCAAAGAUCAUCAGUUAAUUUUUGGUGCAGGAUUAGCAGUGGUAAUAUAUGCAAAAUUAUCACCGUUUGCUGCUACAAGUAGCAGCAAUUUCUGAAAUCCUGCCCAUUGUUUUGAUUGUAUAUUAGCACCUUACUGGAUCAAAAUUCUGAAAGUCCGAGUGUAACAGCAUUAUUGAAGUAACUUCACCACAAGUGGCCACUGUUCCAGCAGAAGACCUAGCACCACUACUUUGGAACAAUGGAUAGAUUGAAAAUGCUGACCUAGCCAGCAUUUGUAAAUUGAUUUUUAAAAAGUUCACAAGUCCCUAAUGUCUAUGGAUAUGUACUAGAAGAGACGACCCGUUGAGAUGUUUUGUAAAUCUGUGUCUACUAUAUUGAUCUCCUUCACAGAACUGAUUUCAACUUUCCCCAACCCUUUGUGUGCAGUGAAUUGUAACAUUUCGUUUUUGGCAAAGGUCUAAUGAGCUUUGCAUACUUCAAAUUCACUGAAAUUUUUAAGUUUGUUUUAACCAAAUGCUGAUAUGGAAGUCGUUGAAUAGUCAUGUGAACAUCAAACAUAUAUCCACGUUGAGUGAUGUCUUGAUUGAGGGAAGUCCAUUGAACUUGCACCUUUUGUAAACUGCUGAAUCUAGGAUUUUAUGCACUGUAUAUUUUUAAAUAAAGAUCUUGAGUACUUCAAA